CAUUUAUGAUGAAGAAAAUAUUUCUGAAACGAUCAAAAUUGUAGAUUUUGAAAAUUCUGAUGAAAAUUUAGAUGAUGAUUUUGAUUUUAACGAAAAUUUACUUGAUUCUUAUUAUACACCAAAAUCAUUUCAUACGGUUUCGCAAAACCAAUACAAAGUACUACAUAUGGAAAAUAAGGAAAAUGAAGUAUCAAAUCAGCUGAUUCCUAUAGAUCCUGUUCUUGUUGAUAUUACAAAUAAAGUUUCAUUACAAGAGGAGAUUACAAAUCAUGAAAUAUUAAGAGAAGCUGCUCGACGAGACCUUGAAAAUUAUACUGAGAAAAUGGGUAUAUGA